AUGGUUCAUAUCCUUCCGCAUCCCGCACCGGAUCGCCCGGAGACGAUCCGGCAACCGGAGGAGGCUCAGCUGACUCCCAUGCCGAUGGACCUGACGUGCGACUUCUUCGCUACCUUCAAAUCGACCUCGCCGCAUCGACUGCCUUUCUGCACUCCUUUGGAGCUGGUUGCCUUGUUCGAUGGCCUUGUCGGCCACAACCCGUCACCCGUGGCCACUCAACCGCAGGUCAAGGCUACUACUUUCUCGACGGUCCUGGCUGUCGGCACGCUGGCCACCCGCCACACAGACAUGGCUGCGACGUUGUACUUCCGCGCCAUGCGGGUUGCUGUCAUCCUCGAAAAGACCAUCGCUUUGCAGAUGAUCUGGGUCGCUACUGUCAUGGCUGACAAUCAGAUCAACCUCGGACGGCCCAGCUGCGUACCAGCCCAUCGGGACUACGUGUCGAAGGACUUUCCAUGGGACUACACAAGGAGUCCUGAAAGACUCACUUGGGCGCGACUAUGCUGCAAAAUCACCGCACAACCCUUUGGCUUCUCUACUGUUACGAGACGUGAGUCGGCCACCUAA